UCCCUCUGCCCUCCCUUCCCCUGAUAAAUAUUAACACAUAAAUCCCUAUAAAGCGCUGCUCACAUGGACACAGCAACAACCCUUCAACAGAGGACAUCAGGCAGCCAUCUACAACCUAGAAGACAUAAACCAGCCAUCUACAACCUAGAAGACAUAAACCAGCCAUCUACAACCUAGAGGACAUCAGCCAUCUACAAUCUAGAGGACAUAAACCAGCCAUCUACAAUCUCUUGGAUUUAACAGGUGACAUCAAGCUUUCACCUGGAUUCACCUGGUCAGUCUAUGCUGUGUGUGUAGCUAUGAGGGGAGUUGUCCUUCUCUUUCUGCUGUCUCUCUGGCCUGGAGGCCAGGUGGAUGCUAUCAAUCAAGAGGUCUUGGCUAAUGUGGUACAAGAGAUGAGAAGGUUCGGCCUGGAGAACCGCCAGUAUGCCAUGGCUGUCUUACUCACCCAUCAGCAGUGCACCCAAAAUGGAGCAAUCUUUGACGUAGUCGUGCAACCUCAGGUUGUCCAGAACAGCCUUCAGCAGAAUGGUUUCUACAUAGGAGCCCGGCUCAUCGCAGCCAUACCUGACACCUACCAUGCUGAGUACCGUCUCUUGAGUCAUGUUAUAAUGAACCCCAGCCCAAUGGAUACUCUAAUAAACAUAGCUCAUCAUGAUGACUGCAUCGUCUUCUUCUCCAACUACUCUCCCUGUCUGGAGAGAUGCAAUUUCCCUGAUGGAGAAACCAGCAUUCUCCCCUUCAUGACCGUCUUCAACAGCUGGAACGCCAACCGGAAGGCUUUUGUCUUCUCCUCGGUUUGGGACCCUACAAAGCACCAUCCAGGAGUGACCAACCCCUCUAGGCAGCAGGUGUUUGACUCCUUCAGGAGGAUAGAUGGAUACCUACAUUUAUAUCGCUGUGUCAGAUUCCAGGAAAAGAAUAUAUGGGUCAACAGAUGUUACCGUUGUGUCACUGAUCCUGAGACCAAUGACUGUCUGUAUGGAUACUAAUAGAGAACACUGUCUGUAUGGAUACUAAUAGAGAACACUGUCUGUAUGGAUACUAAUAGUGUACACUGUCUGAAUGGAUACUAAUAGUGUACACUGUCUGUAUGGAUACUAAUAGAGAACACUGUCUGUAUGGAUACUAAUAG